GUGGAUGUCAUCAUAAUAUUGGCUAUCUAAAUAGUGCUGAGUUAUAUGAUCCUGAAACAGAAAAUUGGACAAAUACUACCAAUAUGAUUACUGCCCGAGAAGAUCAUACAUCGUCCGUAUUAUCCAAUGGAAAAGUAUUAAUUACUGGUGGAUAUACUACUGGUGAUACCUAUCUAAAUAGUGCUGAGUUAUAUGAUCCUGCAACAAGAACUUGGACAGCUACUGGCAAUAUGAGCACUAGACGAUGGGGACACGGCACGUCUCUGUUAAAGAAUAGAAAAGUUUUAGUAAAUGGUGGACGGAAUGGUAAUAUCUAUUUAAGUAGUGCUGAGUUGUAUGAUCCAGCAACGGGAACUUGGACAACUGCUCCUAGUAUGAAUAUUGCACGAUCUGAGCAUACAUCGACCGUAUUAUCCACUGGAAAUGUGUUAGUUAGUGGUGGAUAUGUUGGCACUGAGUAUAUUAGUAGUGCAGAGUUGUAUAUUUAUGAAGUCGAAUACUCUUAA